AUGACGUGCUGUCACAAAGUAAUGCUGCUUUUGGAUACCGCUGGCGGCGCCGCUGGCCACAGCAGGGUCCGGCGAGCCACCCUGCGUCUCCUCACCUACCUGAGCUGCCGAUUCGGCCUGGCCGGCAUCCACUGGGCCUUCAAGUUCUUUGACUCGCAGGGGGCGCGGAGCCGGCCCUCCCGUGUGUCUGACUUCCGUGAGGUGGGGGCUCGCUCGUGGGAGGACUUCGAGGAAGAGCUGGAGGCCAGGCUGGAGGAUCGCGCCCACCUGCCUGGCCCGGCACCCAGGGCCUCCCACACGCACAGUGCCCUGAUGGAGACGCUGCUGGACUACCAGUGGGACCGGCCCGAGAUCACGUCGCCCACGAAGCCAAUCCUGCGGAGCACCGGGAGAAGACUGCUGGACGUGGAGAGCGAGGCCAAGGAGGCCGAGGCUGUGCUUGGGGGCUUUGUGAAUGCCGUCUUCCUCCUGGCCCCCUGCCCGCAUUCGCAAAGGGAGUUGCUGCAGUUUGUGUCCGGGUGCGAGGCCCAGGCCCAUCGCCUGCCGCCAACCCCUAAGCAGGUGAUGGAGAAGUUGUUGCCCAAGAGAGUCCAGGAAGUCAUGGUCGCCCGAAGAAUCACCUUGUACUGGGUGGAUACCACCGAAUGGUCUAAGUUGUGGGAAUCCCCAGAUCACCUUGGGUACUGGACAGUUUGUGAACUGCUCCACCUUAGAGGAGGUACCGUCUUGCCAUCUGAAUCAUUCACCCAGGAUUUUACUAAAGCUAGGGAAAUACUACUCAUGGGUGAAAGAAAGCUGUCAAGUGAACCUCACCUCUCUCCGUGGAUUUCAACUCUGCCAUGUGAUGCUACCUUAAACCGCUUGCUCUGUAAUUCUCCUGGGUAUGAAGACUCAUUUCCAAGGAUAGAAGGAACAUUAUUUCUCCCUGUUGAAAGCAAAAAGAUUAGAGAAACAUGGAUAGUCACCCUAGAGCCCUUGGCUAUGCAUCAGAGACAUUUUCAGAAACCAGUCAGAAUUUUUCUAAAAGGCUCAGUGUCCCAGUGGUCUCUCCCAAUGAGCAGCACUUUUGGGACUGACAGCUGGAUGCUACAAAGUUCAGAGAAGAACACAUCAACUCAAAAGCUGUUAUUUCAGCAGCUGAUAAGCAGGCUGACUGCUGAAGAGUUACAUCUGGUUGCUGAUGUAGACCAUGGUGAAGGCUGGCCUCCUAUCACUGGAGUUAUCUCCCCACUCUCUGCCAAUGCCACGGUUCUCACCAUGUUCCGCACAGAGGAGACUCACUUUCAAAGACAUUUUUGCCAAACAUCUGUGGCCCAGGACCCUCAGGAUACAGCUUCCCUUUUCUCAGGUGUUAUGGAUUGUGUCUUGAAUCAGAUUGAUAAUUCUCUUGAAGAUCUUGCUACUUCUGCUCCUACUGUUCCAGAGUGGGCCCAGCAGGAGAUCCAUCAUACUAUACCCUGGAGUCCAGCUGUUGUGGAGAAGUGGUUUCCUUUCUCUGAUAUCAGUGGUGCCAGUUCAGAUUUGAUGGAGUCAUUUUGGUUACUACAGGCUGCUCCAGCUGAUAAGGAAGAGUCUUCCAAAACCCAAAGUGAAUUAACAUAUUACCUUUCCGAGCUCUACCAGCGAAAAUCUCGUGAAGAGUCCACUAUAGCUAAUCAAGAAGACAGCAAAAAGAAACGAGGUAUCCCUUGUACUCCAGUGAGGCAGAAGAUGAAUACCAUGUGCCGUUCCUUAAAGAUGUUGAAUGUUGCAAGGCUGAACGUAAAGGCUCAAAAGUUAUUACCGGAUGGCAGCCCUGACGUGGCUGGGGAGAAGGGGAUCCAAAAAAUCGCCAGUGGAAGAACAACAGAUAAAUUGGAAGACAGAGGAAGAACACUAAGAAGUUCUAAACCUAAAGAUUUUAAAACUGAAGAGGAGCUGCUAUCUUACAUACAUGAAAAUUACCAAAAGGCUGUAGCCACAGGGGAAAUCAAGCUGUAUUCAUGUGCUCAGAACAUGAUUUCAACUAUUAAAAUGUUCCUAAAAUCAAAAGGCACUGAAGAAUUAGAAGUAAACUGCCUGAAUCAAGUAACUAACAACCUCUUAAAAACUAGCAAAAGUCUUCGACAGAAUCUACAAAAACAACUGGAUAAGAAAGACAAAGUCAGAGAGUGCCAGCUUCAGGUGUUUCUUCGUUUGGAGAUGUGUCUGCAGUGCCCUUCAGUAUAUGGAACUACAGAUGAUAUGGAGCAGGUAGUAGAGGAGGUAACAGAUUUGCUGCGCCUGGUGUGUUUAACUGAGGACUCAGAAUAUCUAGCAAAGUUUCUGGAGGAAAUUUUGAGAUUGUAUAUUGACUUUAUCCCCAAAACACUUGGAAAUCUUUACAACAACCUAGGCUUUGAGAUUCCCCAGAAGUUGGCUGGUGUCCUUCCUUCAGACUUUUUCAGUGAUGACUCCAUGACACAAGAGAGCAAAUCACCACUUCAUUCUGUGCCUUUUUUGUCAAGUGCUCAUAGAUCCAUGUCAGGCAGCACUGAAUCUGACCAACUGGAAGAGCUUCGUACCAGAUCAGCUAAAAAGAGAAGGAAAAAUGGAUUAAUAAGACAUAAAAGCAUUGCUGAGGUUUCACAGAAUCUUCGACAAAUUGAAAUUCCCAAGGUGUCCAAGAGAGCUACAAAAAAAGAGAACUCUCACCCUGCUCUUCAGCAGCCUGCACUCCCAGUGAAAGACUCAGUACAAGAAGUGACUAAAGUUCGAAGAAAUCUCUUCAACCAGGAAAUGCUUUCUCCUUCAAAGAGGACACUAAAGCAGGGGUUGCCUAGAAGCCAUUCUUUGUCAGCUGUGGAAGGUCUAGAGGAUAAACUUGACAAUUUCAAGAAAACUAAAGGUUAUCACAAACUGCUGACUAAGAAUGUGGCUGAGACUCCUGUACAUAAGCAAAUCUCCAGAAGACUGCUUCAAAGACAAAUCAAGGGCAGAUCCUCUGAUCCUGGUCCUAAUAUUGAUAUUGUUGAAGAGUCUCCUGAAAAGGGAGGUGAAAUAAGUUUGAGACGAAGUCCUCGAAUCAAGCAAUUGUCAUUUAGCCGGACAAAUUCUGGUUUCUUCUAUCCUGUAUCUCAGACACAGUCUCGAAGUGUGCGAAGAGUCCACUCAUUCCAGCAAGACAAGUCAGAUCAAAGAGAAAAUUCUCCAGUCCGAAGUAUUUGCUCUCCCAGGAAGCUUCUUUUUGGGGCAGUGUCUGAGAUGAUUAGCCCCUCAGAGAAGGGUUCAGCCAAAAUUAAAAGGCCUUCAAGAGACAUUUUGGGUUCAGAGAUACCUACAGAUUACCAGACUCCCAAGAAGAGUUAUCAGAAAUCUCCAACCUUUCCUAAAACUACACCAAAAAGAUUCCCUCGUAUGCCACAAACUCCAAAAAGACUGCAAACUUCCUCUGCAGAAAUGACACCUGCAAAGCAGGCAGCUUUUAAAGAAUCCUUAAAAACCUCCUCCUUACAUAGCUAUGAUUCACCAUUGGAUUCAAAAAUCACUGCUCAAAAAGGGUACUCUCUGACAGAAGAAGGUGCCUUUCUUGAAAUGGAGGUGUCAAGAAGUCCCAGAGGGCGAGGUGCUCAUCCACCUGGGCUUAUGCUGAAUCAUACUUCACCACAUUCAGUGAAUUCCAGUCAAGAAAGGCCCUCUUGCCCAGCAUCCCCAACUCCACUGACUGCCCAACCUAGGAGUGAGUGUCUGACUCCCAUCAGAUACUCUCUUAGGACACCUCCAAGAGCAGCAGCCUUCCUGACAGCACCUCAGAAUCAAAAAUGCCAAAAGCCUUGGGUCUCUGGAGCUUCUGAGGCAGAGAGACCAGGCCAGAAACUAAAGGAUGAAGCUAUCAAAACCCCAAAGAGACCAGGGAAUACAACUAUCAUUUCUUCCCCACCUAUCACUCCAAAGAAACUAUUUACCUCUCCUUCAUAUGAUAUUUCCAAGAAGGGUCCAUUUAGGACAACUUUGAUAGAGUCUUCUCUCCCUGGAGAACUGGAUGGGAAAGAACCCUGGGUGUCAUCCACAGUAGCCACAUCUCUCUCCUGUGCUAUUCCCUCAACUCCUCCCCAGAUCUCAUGGAUAGCUGCAUCUGACACUAUCCCCCCACCACCCCUUUAUAAAACUGGGAAGCGACGUAGAAAGACCUCUGAUCCUGAAAGGAGCUCUCUGGAGUGCCACCCUAACACCUCUGCUGCUCCUGGGGUUGGCACAGCUGACAGCCCAGUCGCCACCAUAGACUUUACAAAGGACCAGAAAGGGGUAAGCCUGUCUCCUCAAUCUUCUCCUGAAAGACAGAGCCACCCAGGCACUGGUUUCAGGAAUGCCUGGCAUGUGUCAUCUCCUUUGCUUAUUAAAAGUGACACAGAGUAUCUUAGUCUCCUCAGUGAAGGCGAACACCAUGGCAGUGAUAACUUGAAAAGUAACAUCUCACCAGUAGAAGAAGGUGAGGCGCUAAGGACAGUGGUUGAUGAUGAGAAGCCUUCUCUGUCUCACCAUGGAAUUCCUCCAUCUCUUCCUUCCUCUGGACCUGGCUCACCUCUGAUGCCUUGCUAUGACCUGCGCUAUACUGCAGACAGAAGGCAGCGCCAGGCUGUAGCACAACUAGAAAACCCACAGGCAUCAGCUUGGCAUUCCAAAGCAUCUGCCAGCUCGCAGACCUAUGAGGUUGAGCUGGAGAUGCAAGCAUCUGGCCUUCUCAAGCUUCGAUUUAAAAAGAUAGACCCCAGCUCUUUGUUAGAAGCUGAGCCCGUAAGACAGGAGGAGAGCUCUCUAGGUGAGAGCUUCAGCCCAGGUCUCAGCAUGCCCAGGGGCAGUAGGACCUCAGGCAAACCCGAACCCACCUACAUGUUACCACCUUGCCUCCACCCCUCACACAGCACACCAGGCAAGAGUGGGGGGCAAACCUACAUCUGCCAGACCUGUACCCCCACCAGCUGCCGUUCUAGUACCCCUUCUCCCUUUCAAGCAGAUGCUGGGGUUCUGUGGACACCAUCCCCCAAGCACAAUGGCAGAACAACUCCUGACACAAUUAAAGACUGGCCCAGGAAGAAGAGGGCAGUGGGCUGCAAUGCUGGGUCCUCCACUGGGAGGGGCGAGGUCAGUACAGACCAUCCUGGGAGCCUGUCUCUGCUAGAGGCUGAGGUAAAGGAGCAAGGCCUUGAACUUGGUAUCCAUAAGACUCCCAUCUUAGAGGAUUUUGAGCUUGAGGGGGUGUGUCAACUGCCAGACCAGUCACCCCCCAGGAGCAGUGUGCCUAAGGCUGAGGAAGCUUUCUCCUGGGGACAGUUUGGGUUGAGUUCCAGGAAGAGAAUUCUGUCUGCCAAGGAAGAAGCUGAGUGUGGAGCUAAAAGACUCUGUGACAACCUGAGAGAAGACUCAGAAGUUAGUAAGAGUGAGGAGAGGUCUCCGAGUAUGCAGCAGCUCCCCUCCACGGGAGACAAUGAGGUGUUUAUUUCUGGUUCCACUCCACCUCGUGGCUGUGCUAUGCGGAGCUGCCUAUCUGCCAGUGGUCUCCAGGCUCUGACCCAGUCUCCGCUGCUGUUCCAGGGGAGGACACCUUCCUCUCAGUGCAAAGACCACAGAGAUGAGGAUAGGGAUGUAUUUCCCUCCACUUCAGAAGAAUCUCCUUUUAGCCAAGUAUUCUCCAGGAGACGCCCCAUCAGCAGAACUUACUCACGGAAGAAGCUCAUUAGCUAG